AUGAUCCAUCCCUUGGCCCCGCAUGAGAGCCACGGCGACGGCAUGCUCUGGGUCGGCGGCCUGGCAGGCCGAGACUGGAAACGCGGGUCGGAGACCGUCUGCGGCCCCGGCCGCGAGGAUUUCGCCAAGGCGUUCGAGGAGGGGCGCGGCGACUACGCGCAGUUGGCGGUGGGCGAGAACCGCAGGCUCGCGCCCUUCACCGACGGGCCCAUGGACCUGCGGCCGCGCGCGGCGCUCGGCCACGAAGCGCGCGUCGCGGGCGGGCAGCGCAACAUCGAUCCAGACGUGCGCCCCGUGAUCGAGUGGGAGAUCGCGUCGCCGUCGGUCGUCUCUGCCCAGCGCUCGGCGGCGCACUGGAUCUAUUCACUGACCCGCGAGCGUCGCCGUGCUCCCGCCCGCCAGAGGAAGGACGCGACAACCGACGACGCCGAGCAGAAGGUCCCGACCACCCCAGACGCGGACUCUGAGGGGUCCACAGCGGACGACACCGCAGAGGCCGCGAGGAAGCCCAUCUACGAGGCGAGCCCUUCGUUCACGCUGAGGCAGUUCGCGAACGUGCCCCCGCGGGUCUACCGCGAGGCCCCCACGCCCACGCCCAGCCGUCCGCGGGCGAGGAGCGUGCCCCACGUGCGCGGCGGCACGCCGAACCCGCCCAGCCCGUUCCGCUGCAGCCCCUGGGCGCUCAGCCCGGGCCGGUGGGGUGAAGACGCGCCGGCGCCGCCCUCGCCGCCCGUGCCGGCGGCUGCACCUGCAGCGCGGGCGCUGCGCUUCUCCCCGGCGCCGCGCGGGGGCGCGCUGGCCACGCCGGCGGGCAGCGUCCAGACACCCGUGCGCUCCAGGCAGAUCGUGGACUGGGGGUCCUCCACCAAGGAGGCCAAGGAGAACGUCGCGCCGAGGGGCAACACCCUGCCGAUGGCGGAGGCUGGCCGCAACCUGCAGUCUUUGUUCGACGCCGAGCGCGGUUCCGAGGACAUCGCCGGCGGCGAUCCAGAGCACUGCGCGGCCAUCUGCCCCGCGGAGUUCGAGCGUGCCGCCGAGGAGGUGGAGCGGCGCCGCGGCCAGAGGCCGGCGACGGAAGCUGGCGCACUGGGCGGCGCGGAGUGGGGCGGCACCCCUGCUCGGAGGGACGACGACAUCCUGGGGAGCGCCGUCGCCAUUCCACCCGGCUUUCGGCUGGUUCCGGACGAGGAGAGGCGCGAGACGCUGGGGGAGCUGAGGCAGAGGAUGCGCGAGCUCGACGAGAGGUACGCGCGGCUCCCCCUGAAGAUCGAGACG